AGCUCCAUUAACGGAAGAAGGUACAUUAAUUGUAAACAAUGUUGCAGCUUCUUGUUAUGCUACAAUCAAUAGUCACCAUGCUGCUCAUGCUGUAUUAGCACCUAUGAGAUGGUGGUAUAGUUUAUUUGGAAUGUCACAUAAAUCAAAUGAAGCUAUUGGUAUUCAUUGGUUUCCUAAAAUAUUGUAUGAAAUAACAUCAUUUUUAAUACCUUCAAUUAUUCAUAGAUGA